AUGCCACUAAAGGAACUAGUUAGCCAGUUUAGUUUUACCAGAGUAUUGAAAAGUGACUCUCAAACUAAAACAAUUUCUAUACUAGGUAAAAUAGAUAACAAGGAUGCAAUUGUAACCAUUGAGAAAUCCCAUUUUAAUACUGGCUCAGAUCUUGACUUGCAGAAAUUAAUCACUGAGUUAUCUUUAAUCAAUUCCAAUGAUGUCUACUAUUGGUCAACAGCAACUUUAUUCCAGGAGGUGUUGGAAUUGCCCGGUGCAAAAUUGAACUUGAUUUAUCCAGCUACGGAAACUCACAUUAGAAAAUACGAUGAUCAAAAAUUGCAUUAUGUCAGAGAGACACCAGAAAUGUACCAAAAAUAUGUUAUUCCCUAUAUUGAAACUAUGAAAGGUGAUAGAUUGAAAUGGGUUUACAAUAUAUUGUUUGAGGGAAAGGAAAGUGAAACAUUUGUAUAUCAUGAUAAGUCUCCCACAGGAUUUGUGUUGUUGCCCGAUAUGAAAUGGGAUGGGAAAAAUUUGGAUACAUUGUAUUUAUGUUGUAUUGUUAACAGACUAGACAUAUCUUGUGUGAGAGAUUUGAAUGAUAGUCACAUUGACUAUUUGACUAAUUUGCAAAAAAUUGUGAAAGAAGUUACAGUUAACAAGUAUGGAAUUAAGCCUGACCAAUUGAGAGUAUUUUUACACUAUCAACCAUCGUAUUAUCAUUUUCAUUUACACAUUGUAAAUGUGCAGCAUCCUGGAUUAGGAGAUGGUAUAGCUAUUGGGAAAGCUAUAUUGCUAGAUGAUGCUAUAGAUAACUUGAAAUUGGAUGGACAGUAUUACACCAAAAAAACCAUUGGCUUUGUAUUGGGUGAAAACCAUGGAUUAUGGCAAAUUGAAGGUUAUAGAGAUUUACAUUUUAAGCAAAACUAA